AAAUCGAUCAGUGAUCAUAUUGUCCAAAUCUGGAUCGGAAGUAGUUUCAAGUGUUUCGUUUCUUCGGUUAAAAAUUCGUUUUGAAUUCAAAUCAUUUGCAUACAAACGUUUUGUGUUGAUUGUUUCGUUUAAAAAAAAAACUUUUAUUUUUUCGACGUUUUUUUUCCGACGAAUUUCUUUAGCUUUAUGUGAUUAGAAGAAAGUGAUAUGACGCUGACGGUAUACAAACAAAUUCUUAUUGGGCUGAUUUAUUUAAGCUCAAUUGCAAAAUGCCAAAUACCAUCGUUCGGCGGCUGUCCCGUAUACCAGCCGAUGGCCAACUUUGAUAAAGACCGAUUUUUGGGCACCUGGUAUGAGGUGGAACGAUAUUUUACGGUCACAGAAUUGGCAUCUCGCUGUAUCGCAGCCACAUACGAACGGAGAGCUGAUGGGAAAAUAUGGGUGAACAAUGUGAUCACGAAUCGAUUCACAAACGUUCAACGAAUUAUCUCUGGUACGAUGAAACUGACCGGGGUUGGUGGCGAAGCAAAGUACGCUAUCCAUUACACAACUCUACCGGUGAAUUACGACACCACAAUGAUCGUAUUGGAUACGGAUUAUAAAAACUAUGCGGUAAUUUGGUCGUGUAAUGGAAUCGGACCGGUUGGGCAUACAGAAUCAGCAUGGCUGAUGAUGAGAGAACGAAGACCGCCGGGUCCAGUAUUACAACGAGCUUACGGUGUCUUGGAUAAAUAUCAAAUCUCUCGCACAUUCUUCCUGAAAACGGAUCAAAAUAAUUGCGAAACUGUUCCUCCAGCUCAGGAAGCGUAUGAUCCAACAACCGAAAUUCCACAGGAUGAAGUCAACGAAGAUCGCAAGAAAUCGAACUACGAUCAGGGCAGUAAUUCAACAGUCACAGACGAUUAUGUGACGCCGGAAGCGAAUUCGCAGGACAAUGCUCCGAAUCAAGUUUAAGUAGAGCAUGCUAAGUUGGUAAAUUAUUAUUUAUUUGAUCGAGUGACAAUCAUUGUUGUAAUACCUUUGUUCAAUCAUUCCGAGGAAUUUUGAAUAUAGAGACGAGGUUCUGCUUCA